AUGUCCGGUCCCGCGGCGGGACGGGCGGCCAAGAACGCCGCGGUCGUCGUCGGUGGGGGCUUCGUCGGACUCUCGUCCGCGCUUCACCUUCAGAGGGUGGGAUUCCGGGUGACGCUGAUGGAAGCGGGUGAACGCGUCGGGGGCAGGCAGUCGGCGUCCAACGGGAACGCCGGGACGUUCGCGCAGUACGCGUGCAUACCCGUCCAGCGACCGGGGCUCUGGGCGGAGGCGCCCGGGAUGAUCGUGAACCCGCGCGGCGCGCUGAGGAUAGCCCCGUCGCCGCACCUCGUGAAGAUGAUGCCGUGGGCGCUCGGUUUUCUCGCCGCGUCCGAACCCGACCGCGUGCGCAAGACCGCUUUCGCGCUCGGGAGCAUCCUCCGGCUCGCCGAGGACGGGUACAAGGGAGCGUGGGAGCACGCGGGGAUCGACGUCGACGGACCCAUGGGCGAGUACGCCCCGAACGACGCCACGAGAUCCCACGCGUUCGCCGCCAGGAACGGGUACAUCCUCCUCCAAAACGACGUGGGCUCGCGGGGGGCGAGAGAGACGGCGACGCUGCGCCUCGACGCCUCGGGGGGACCCGAGGUACUUCGGAUGGAGGCGAUCGAUGCGUCGGGGGUGCUCGAGCUGGAGCCGAGUCUGUCGGAGCGCGCGGCGCGGGGCGGCGCGUGGUGGUUCGAGGACGGGUGGUUCGUGCGAGAUCCCGCCGCGCUCCUCGACGCCAUGAGGGACGGAUUCGAGGCCAAAGGGGGCGAGAUCAGGACGGGGAGCGGGAGACGGAGAUCGGCGUCAUCGUCAUCGUCAUCAUCGUCCUCAUCGUCAUCUUCGUCGUCGUCAUCGUCGUCGUCAUCGAAUGCGUCGAACGGCCCGAGCGGGAGGGUGACGCUCGUGACUCCGGCGAGCGUCAAGGGUGAAGCCGCGGGCGCCAGGGCGCAGGUGGUGGCCUGCGACGGAUCGACGAUCGACGCCGGGGUGGUGGUCAUCGCGGCCGGGGCGCACUCCGCGGGGCUGGCGCGGCAGUGCGGGGAUCCGGUGCCGCUGGACACGGAGCGGGGGUACCACGUGCAGUGGAACGAGGGGGCGGGGGAUAAGAGCGACGGGGCGCCGAUGCUCACGCGGCCGGUGUGCACCCCCGAGGGGGGGUUCAUCGUGACGCCGAUGUCGGGCGGGGUGAGGGCGGCGGGGCUCGUCGAGCUCGGGGGCACGUGCGCUCCCCCGGUGAAGGAACGGUUCGGGCAGCUCGAGGGGUACACGAAGUGGCUGCUCAAGGACGAGGUCGCGACGGCGCUCGGGGAGCGAGACGCGAGCCUCGAUUGGAUGGGUUUCCGACCCACGCUUCCGGAUGCGCUUCCAGUCAUCGGGACCUCGUCGAAGGUUCCCGGGGUGGUGUACGCGUUCGGGCAUCAGCACGUGGGGUGGACGCUGGGGGGUAUCACCGGGCGGAUCGUGGCGGAUCUGGCGCGGGGCGCGGAGCCGGAGGUUGACAUCGCGCCGUUUUCGGCGAGGAGGUUCGACUCGAAGCCGUGGUGGCGGCCCUUCGCCUCCGCCCCGCAGCUCUUCCCUCAGACGUGA